GGUCAUAUUGGUUGCACGAAAAGGCUGGAGACAACUCAACUUCAACGCCCACUCUCUCUCUCUCUCUCUCUCCUUCUCUUGUCCUAAAAUUGACUGUUCUGGUCCACACUCGAACAUAACAUUCAGCAACUUCAGCUUCCCAUGUUCCACAGAUCCCAAGAAACAAUGGCACAGGGAAGGUACGGUUUUGGGCUGGUGACAUUUUACUUCUGCAUCUCCUGUAUUGCUCUCGUUUCGCUCUCAGGGCGUGUUGAAGCUUAUCAGAACUACACUGUGGGUGGCUCUCUCGGUUGGUAUGACAACCAAGAAAAGCCUGAGAUUGAUUACAAAAAGUGGGCUUCUGGCAAGAACUUCAGCUUGGGAGAUUUCCUCAUAUUCAACACCGACACCAACCACUCAGUUGUGCAAACAUACAAUUCCACCACAUACAAGCUCUGUGACUUCGAGGAUGCCCUGGAAAAGGACACCAUCCAAUGGUCGUCCAGCGAUCCGUCCAACACCGCCACUCACCCGGUCACCGUGGCCGUCCCGCUUGUCAAGGAGGGGGCGAAUUAUUUCUUCUCCAGCGAUUACGACGGCGAGCAAUGCCAGAACGGCCAACUCUUCAUGAUCAACGUGACGCACGGGCAAGGCCUGCCUGAAAGUCUGAAGAACCCAUCGGACCAGUCGCCAGGUCCGGCGAGUCCCGAUUCGGGGGAUGAUGGUUCGGCACCCGACACGGUGGUUCCGUCCAAUUUCAACAACCCCCAAGAACAGAGCACCGAUGACAAUGAGUCAUCUGGGUCUGUUGCUCUAACAGCUUGUGGUGAUAAGUUCUUGAAUGGAGCGCUCUUGAUGUUUUUGGGGACCGCGUUGCAGACCCUGAUGAUUUGAGUUCUGGUUACACUGACAGAUCCAUCGAUCUUCUUCUCUUUUUAACAGAUUUUUAUUCAAAAUGUUUACUUGAUACGCUAUACAGUACUCUUGUAGAACAUGGAGCAAAUUAUUCAAGGAUGAUUAGAUGGAUAAAGUAUAAGUCUUUGUUUCUAGAAAA